AUGGCAGCCAAGAGAGUACUGGUGUAUCGCAACGGGGACCCCUUUUUCCCAGGCCGUCAGCUGGUGGUGACCCAACGCCGCUACCCUACCAUGGAGGCUUUCCUCUCUGAGGUGACAUCAGUGGUGCAGGCCCCACUGGCUAUCCGUGCCCUCUACAGACUUUGCGAUGGCCACCCCGUCACUGAGCUGGCUGACUUGCAGAAUGGAGGACAGUACGUGGCUGCUGGCUUUGAAGGAUUCCACAAGCUCCAGUGACUGGGGGACACAUCCCCUUACCUGGCUGUUCUUUGUCUCAGUGUGUUCAGGAAUGGGGACCUGCUAAGUCCCCCCUUUAGUCUGAAACUGUCCCAGACUGCCGUCCAGGACUGGGAAAUGGUACUGAAGCUGCUGACGGAGAAGGCCAGGUUACAGAAUGGGGCUGUGCACCAACUCUGCACCCUCAGGGGGCUCCGACUGUCAGCAGGCACAGCUCUGGUGAGUGGCCGUCACUACGUGGCUGUCGGAGAAGAGGAGUUCAAAGCCCUCCCCUACAUGGAGCUGUUGGUGCCCAGCCCCUCUCUGUCCAAGGGCUGCUGGUAUCCUCCAGGCCGGAAGCAGAUGUCCCACAGGCAGGGGGCCCAGGGCCACCAGGCUCAGGCAGCUCAGCCUUCUCCAGAGGAACCGAGACAAACUGAGCCAUCUGCUUUCUAUGCCAGAUCCCAGCAGUCCACUAGGCCAGGAAGCAGGCUCUCUCCCCUCUCACUUCCAUCAGGAGUUAAGGGAGUUUAUGGAGCUUCCUACCCAAGGAAGGAGACAGCUGGGGCUCAGGAAGUGGAUGAAGACGAGAACACCUGCAUAGAGGAGCCUGUGGGUCAGGUGAGCCCAUCAGAUUGGGAAGCCUUACCCUGAGAUGGCAGAGGUCUGAGCCAAAGUCUGGGCUCCCAGGACACAUCUUCCUGGUGACCGAAAGCCUGCCCUCCUGUUUCCUAAUUACUGAGGCUUUCUCAUUCCCAGUCUCCUUUCCUGGGAUGGGGACUUCUGGCAGUGGAGGCAAGCUGGGCAUCUGUAUGGCUCUGUAUGUUUCCACAUGUCCACCAGAGGGCAGCAGAGACAGGGGAAGAGGCCUUGUCCCUCAACAUCUGCCUGGCCAGGGAGAGGCAGCCUCAUGUUCAGCCAAUGCGUGUGCCACCAUCUUAAGUGCCAGGAACGCCAGUCAGAAGCUGAGGACAACCACUCCAAACCACCCCAGCUUUCAGCAGCCUGCUCCCAAGAAGCCGGGCCUCACUGGGCUUGCAGAAGGUAUGGCCUCCUCAGCCCCUCCCCAUUCAUAAGCCCGCAAAUUCUGUAGAGGCCACUUCCUUGUGUGAUUCCCUGACAGAUAAAGGCACCGCAGACUGGGUUUAGGA